AUGGUCACAGGAAACGUAAACCCUCGCUAUCCGCCUCCCUCGGCUGAUUUCGACCUUCCCGGCCGGCGCAGAGUUCCUCACCCUCUUCAAUUGGAGUCUUUAGUCGACCCACGCCCGCGAACCGCAAAUCCGGCUCCGAGAUCAUCACCUCACUCCCCCCGCUCUGCAAUUCGCCAUAGAUCGCGUUCGCCUCAGCGGCGGCCUCACAAUUAUCAUGACAACCCGUGGCCACUCACUCCGCCUCACUAUGGCCCCUCUCACGGGACGAGGGGCGAAUGGAAAACCCCUAGAACUGCCGGUCGCACUCGAGCUUACGCCACACCACCUGAAACCUAUUCCCCGAACUGGCCCGAGCGAGAUGACCUCGAACGGGCAGUGCAUCGGAAAGCUAUGCCAGCCCGAGGGGGUCUCCGUAUAUCCAUGUCAACUUCUAGGUUGAAUAAUAGGCGCCCAAGGACGCAGGAAUCUAUGGAGCGCCGCUUUCAGGACAUGAGCCCCCAGGAAAUGUCCAUGACAGGCUUCACAACAAACGGGCCUACCGAAGAGAAUCAGUCCCGACCAAGUGUCAAUUCGGAAACCUGGCGCUCGAGCGCCGAACAAGCAAGCGGAACAGAGCGCAGCAGUGUCCUAACCAAGAGCAGCUCGAUCACCGAUCUUUCACCGGAUACCCCCGACACGCCUUAUGGGGACGACAAUGGGAUGAGUGUCGAAGACGCGAUUUCCAUGUAUCUUGAUGGCUUCAGCGACGUGACCGAAGAGCCUGGCUCGCCGAAAUCCCACGCGGGGAGUAAAGCGCCAUCAGCAACGCCCCCGCCGUCACGCGAUUCGAACCUACAUGAAUUACAACCGCUAGAAUAUCCGUCGCUGAGCGACGUUCCUCCGGCAUCCUCGAUGCCACAUUUUCCCAGUUCUCAAGAUGCAAGGCCAGAUUCAUUGUUUUUGCCAAACAUGGCUUAUUCCGAACCCAACCCCAUACCGCCCAUACUUCCAGAAUCGCCUCCAGAGUUCACACCAUUAGAACCUGCACUCCCAGAACAUCCACCUGAACCCGACCCGUCGGACCCUCACCCCCCAACAUCGCCGGCAGCUGAUGUGCAUCAUACACACCAACGACAGCCCUCGACAAAGGUUUUUAUUCCGGGAUUAGUGCCGCCGCAACUUUGCUCUGGAGAUGGCCCUCGAGACGGUUACGGAUUUCGCAAAGCUACCCAAUAUGUGACCCUGGAUGAAUACGAGACCUGGAAAGGAUCCUACUCCAGCCAUGUGACGCAACGGAGAGCCAAAUGGUGUGAAUUGCUCAAGGAACACGGGCUUCCCAUAUCAGAGCCCACAAUAUUUCCGCCGCAGUCUUCGAAAGUCAAGCGAUUUGUUCGCAAAGGAAUUCCUCCAGAGUUCCGAGGUGCGGCUUGGUUCUAUUACGCCGGCGGGUACGAGCAUUUGAACCGGAACUUUGGCCAGUAUGAUGAACUCGUUGCGAAGGCCAUGACCUCACCGAGUAACGACGACAAGGAGCACAUCGAGCGUGAUCUCCACCGCACAUUCCCCGACAACCUCCAUUUCAAACCGGAGGUGACUCAGGAAGCAGAACAGUCCGGGAGCAGCAAUCCGAGUUAUUCUAAUGUCACUACAGAAACGCAGAUGAUUCAGUCUCUACGUCGGGUUCUGUAUGCUUAUGCGCUGCACAACCCGAAAAUCGGAUAUACUCAAUCUCUGAAUUUCAUCACCGGAAUGCUCCUUCUCUUCCUCCCUGAGGAAAAAGCAUUCUGGAUGUUGCAUAUUAUCGCCGCAGACUACUUGCCUGGAACCCAUGAAAUUAGUCUGGAAGGUGCGAACAUUGACCUCUGGAUUCUCAUGGUCCUGCUCAGGGACACCAUGCCGGGCAUCUAUUCGAAGAUCGCUUCCAUGGGUGGAACCCCGUCCGGACGGGGCAAAAUGCCUCCCUUGACAGUGAAUUCUCGGCUGCCGGACAUAACCCUGGGACUGACCAAUUGGCUUAUGUCGGUUUUCAUCGGAAGUUUACCUCUUGAAACUACCCUCCGAGUUUGGGAUGUCUUCUUCUACGAGGGCUCCAAGACGUUCUUCCGUGUGUCUUUGGCAAUCUUCAAAGCAUGCGAGAAGGACAUACUCGCCGUGACAGAUCCCAUGGAGGCAUUCCAGAUCGUCCAAACCAUCCCCAAAAAACUGUUGGAUGCCAACACGUUGAUGGAUGAAUGUUUCGUACGUAAGCACCGCGUCGGACAAGGUCGUAUCGAAGAACUCCGAGCUCAACGCCGUACGGCUGUCCGCCAAGAGAAGUUGCGACGAUCAGUAGCUUUCAGCAAAGGUCAGCUUCAUUCUGGGACGGAUGAUUUCGCCGGCCGAAGCAACACACCAACCCCAGGCAUCGAGCACCGGGUCGUCGGUUCCUGGCGUCACUUGAAACAACAUGCAUUUCGAUAA